AUGAAGAGUCUUAGGUGGUCCGGCAGAGGAAAAAAGUCAAGCUCCUCGUCGUCCUCGGAUGACCGCCAUAGCGAGCACAGCUCGCAAGGUCAGGCUUCACCUGCACAGCACUGGAAUAAGCCGGAGGGCUCAUCGCAUUCCACUAAUUCCCAAGCUCUCCAGAAGAAGCCUACCGUCUUUGGCAAGCACAUGACAUCCUCGCCCUCGAUAUAUCUCUCGGAAACUAGCAACCGUUCGAAUCGCAGUCUGUCGUCAAGCAGGGCAUCAAUCACCGGUGAAGAUUUAAAGCACGAGGACACUCACACUAAUUCCACAGUCGCAGAUGACCGUACAACGAUGGUCACAAGCUUUAGCGCUGAGACAAAUGGCACAAGCCGGCAGCAAGUUCCCUUGCCCUCUCUUAACAACGAUAAUUACGACAACACUACAUUUAAGGUCGGUUGGGUUAACAAGGCAGCACCCUUCCAGGCAGCCAAUAAUAGAGACAGUAGGGUUUACGGAAACAGUAGCGCAUCAUUAGAUCCACAGUCUGGAAGUAAGAGAGGCUCGAAUUUCCGGCUUCACAGAGCAGCACUCAGGGGCUGUGUCCUCAGCCUGUAUAAAAGCGGCAUUGGAAACGUCAAAUACUUUGACCCAAACCUGCCGCCCCCAGCCCACCUUAUGGAGCAGCAGUAUCAUGAGACAUUUUCGCCUGCUCAACCUGCUCAGAAGGCUGAAGAGCCGUUGGCAGUUGUGGAAAAACAACAAAACGACCUUUCCUACUUAAGCGAGGAAUAUCCGCAUCCAGAGUUGAAGCUUGAUAAGGAUGGCCGUUUGCUUUCUGGAAGCAACGAAAGCAUAUGUCAUAUGAUUCUUUUUUGCCCUUAUAACAACGACGAGAAUACCCGCAAAAUUAUAGAUGUUUUGCUGAUUCUUCCACUGAUUGACAAGUUCGGCGUCUUCUUGAACAUUUUUCAAUUGUUUGGUGUUACUUUCACUAGGCAUCGCGUAAAGCUGGUAAACUCGGCAAGGCAACAUCAUCAGAUCUCCGCGAAGGCGGAUACACUGAUGACGGAAAGAUUGGCACUUGUAGUCAAAGCAAUCUUGGACGUUUUCUCAGGCUUCCUGCUGGAUGACAAGCUCUUCUCCCAGAUUGUGGACUUGGUGGACAUUAUUUCAUUGCAUGACGACGAAAUCUCUACUAAUUUGAAGGUUUCGAUCGUUGAACGUCAAAACAGGUUAAGCACGCUUUGCUCAUUCACAAAGCAAAGAUCCUCUCCCGAGGAAAUAGGGAUGCUAGUCGAUGUUGAGCAGUUUAUGAAACUCGACCUUGAUGACGUUGCGCGCAGCGUUCACCAAAUCAAUCACAAGUUUAUCAGAGAGUGGAGCCCGCAGAUAGACUACUCUUUGCUGUAUGAGUCAAAGUUCAACGAGAAGCAUAUUUACAUGAAUCCCAUGGUAUUCAGAAAUUCUGAAAAUGUCCAUUUCCUUGGUAGAUUGCUAACAACACAUCUUUUUGUCUCUAACGGAGCAUUCACGCCUCACCAGAGAGCAACGGUGCUCAGCACAUGGGUCCAAUUGGGUUGCAAGUUCGAGAAGUUAGGUGACAUGGUCUCAUGGCUGGCAAUAGCCACCAUCAUCUGUUCUGUUCCUGUAUUGAGGCUCGCAUCUACUUGGCAGUUUGUUCCUGAACAAACGCUAAGAGUUAUUUUUAAAGACUGGGUGCCAACUAUUGUUCAGUUGGAUAGAAGGCAGAUAUCCUCAAAAUCAACUAAUAGUGUCUUCAUCUUGGCUCCUCCAAACCUGAAUGAUUCUCGCAUACGAGAAAGUGUCAUUCCCUUUUUUGGCGAUUUAGCAAUUAAUGCCAACGAUCUUCCGCCUGAUACGAAGUUCAAAUACCUCGAGAAAAAAAUACAUCGAACAAAAAAUGCAUUUUACAAAUGGCACCAGCGUAUCGAACAGGCCAAAAAAUUUGACAACGAAACCGAGCGAAGUGCGCUUGCCAUCCCGGUGGAUGAUGGAAAAAUUACAAACACAAUUUUCCGCUACUGGAAAUACCAUCUGGAUCAAGAACAAAUGAACAUCGAUGCCAUAAUGGACCUGAGUUUGGCUUUAGAGCCUCCUAAAAUCUGCCAAAAGCAAUACUCCGCCACUAGUACUAGAAGGAGUGCACUUCUCACCGGCAGUUAUCUUCCUAUGCUGUUCAAUGAUAUGUUUCCUAAUUACUCAAUUUUUCCUCGCGAUUCUUUGAUCGGAGCAGCAGGCGUUUCUGGGAAUGAAACAAAGAGACGGCCCGUAAGCACACAAAAAGUUGGUGCGCCUCAAAAAUUAAUUCAAGACUAUGACCAAGGAUCUAUUACUGGCGUGGAGAGAAUCGACGAGCCUGUAGCGAAGGAAAUAUCAUCAAAGGUUUCAAACAAGCAAAAACUAUUGAAACUUAUCAGGGAUGCGUUCAACAUCGAUAUGGACAUGUUUCAUAUUUCCGAUGACAUCAUUUUCAAGGCCGCUGAUGACGUUGAUGGCAGAUCGAGACCUGCUAGUGUUGUUAUUGAAACACCUAAGCGUAUGUCUCAACAUUCAUCUAUAACGGCGGCAAGAGAUUCUCAAGACAUCAAUCGGCUAAGUUCUGCCAUGGAAAGUCUUGAUUUUUUCAGCAAUAUUGGAAAAUCAACUGGAUCAAUCAACGAAUCUUUCAUCCAGGUUGUUCUUAAGUGCGCAACGCUUGAUAAAUUGUUUGAUGUUUUGGUUUUAACAACCUCUGUGUUUUCAAAAGUCGUUGAUACGGAAGACCUGGAAAAAUAUUUUUACCACGAGAGGAAAAGACAGAACGGCCGAGCACAAAGCUCGGACAGUGCAUCGGUGGGGCCUUUGGAUUAUGCUUUCGUGAGGCUUCUCAUGGAUAAUGACAUUUUUACGGAGACAUUUUUCAACACUUAUAGAAGUUUCACCACCACGACAAUAGUCCUUGAGAACCUCGCUAAACGAUUCAUAGGAGCUGUUAGCGGUGCUGUUUCGAUAUCGCGUGUUGUCAACAGUGGGAAGCAAAGGUACUCCGGGAGUGUUAACUCAAGUAGAUUUUCCGGAUUUGUUGAUGCGACGAGUAGCAACAGCAGGUUUCCUGCAUGGGACAUAAAGGUUACGGAAGAGGAUGAAGUUAAUUUAACUUACAUGGCGAAAAUUCAAAUUGGGGCCAUGGAGGCUCUUUUGCAUUUGGUCAAUCUUCAUUAUUCGGACUUUACAGAUUGUCUGGUUAACAACACUACGUUUCUAGAUAUUUUGAAGAUCAUGGAUCAAGAAGUCAACGAAGAAUGGAAGAAGAGGGUGGAACUAUUUUCAAAAAGUAAGCUUGAACAACCAGAGUUUCGCGAAGAAGUUGCUGAGCUUGAGCAGCUACAAACUACUUUGAAACUUCUAUUUAAAAAACUGAAAUCUUGCUACCAAAAGCAGCUGUACAGGCCUCUAGGAGUGAGCAAAACGCAGCGGCUUACUCAGAGCUACUUGAAAGAUUUCACCACCAUCCCGUUACGGGAUCUGAGCAUUCAUAUGAACGACCCUGUUCUCGAAGACAAAUUCGUUGCUUCUUUCAACCGCCUGAGCUUUGACGAUUAUAGCGAACUACCAAAGUGGGUAUAUGGGUUAAACGAGCUUGUAUGCGACAAGCUUGCGUUGGUUUCUAACCAGGACUGGGUUGAUGUUUCCCAAAUCUUGGAACUUUUCUCCAACGAAUCUUUGGUAAGCUUGUACCAAUACCCCCUUCACACUAUAUCGCACAGUAUAAUCCAGUCUGCGGGUUCUCAAUUAGAUGAUCUCGAAAUUCUCAAUGUUUUUACAUGGCUGACGACACUCUCGGUCGGAGAGAAUGAAAUGUUGUUUGAUAAGCUGGCGCCUUCUGUUCAGAUGAUCAUAAAGUUGCACAUUUCAAUCACUCAAUUUUUUAUCCUACAAAUUGCUCAUCCUGAUCACACCAUUGAGACCAGAGCAAACAUUUGCACAAUAAUUCUUCAGCUCCUAAACUUCACCCGCUGGAAGAAUUCUUCUAUGGACUUGUUUCAUGACGGAAAACAAGAUAAGUGCACUACUGCUAUAUCGCCACAUGUCCCCUCAUUUCUGGAAACAUGUCUCACUAAUGCUAUUGUUGCACCAGAGUCAAGGUACUACGAGAUGCUAUGGAAAAAUGCUCACAAGAAACUAGCAGGGCCCAAUGCUGCAGAAGUCAAAGAUGUUUCUAACAUUCUUGAUGGCAUUGAUGCGCAAAUAAGGUUUUUUGUCGAAUAUGAUGAGUCUCAAAUUUCCAAGCCCAAAAGCCUCUCGCCUUGUCCUGGGUGGUUGAUAACGAGGCUGCUCGAAAUAUCACAGUUUGUCCCUAACAUGAGCAUAGAGAAUUCUCGUAUGAUAAACUUUGAUAAGCGAAGAUUUGUUAACAACAUUAUUAUAAACUUCAGGGAGAUGGUUCCUUACGUGGGAGGCCAUAGUGAGGAUGGUUCAUCUACAAACUUUGAUAGUGACCUAAAGAACUCAAUUCUCUUUCACGAAAUCGUCGAUAUUGGGAAAGCUUUUAGAAAGUUGGCUAAGGAAAAGGCAGCGGAAGAGGCGCGAAAGAGCAAAUACCAGGCAUCUGGUUUGUUCAACAGCAUAAUCGUUGCAGAGGUGGAUAAGAUCAAGCGGGACCAAAAGAAGAAGAUGGAAUUAACAAUCCAGGAUAACGAUUCAAAGCGUAAAAAUAUGCUAGAGCAUGCGGUGAAGCAUAAAAAUAGGUUAAGCUCUUCACCAUCUUUGUUAAGCCUGGGCCAAAGCCCUGCAAGGGGGCCCCCAGUUGAUCCUGAGUUCCCUGGUGCGGGAAAACGAAGUUCACUUGCUACCACUGGGACGCGGAGCUCCAUUAUAUCAAAUUCGUCUACGCAUAGCAAUGGAAGUAUGGGAAAAAAGCUAGGAGGCUUUUUUAAAAGGCCUUUCUCAAUUGGCGGCUUUUCUAGCUCAUCGUCAACACAUGGAUUGAACGCAAUACUGCUGAGUGGUGUUCAGCCGAAUGGUUCUAUUUCACCCUUUGAACUUCCUGACAUAACAUCCAGCGUUUUCAAGGACACCAAGCCUGUUUAUUCAAUUAGAACCUUUGAAAUUAAGUCGUGCAUACCAGUCAGUGGGAUUAACAAGCUCCCGCAAACCGACCAUAGUUUCAAGAUUGUCAUGGAAAAUGGGGUUGAGCAUAUUGUUCAGGGGACAAGUUACAUCGACAUGAUGGAAUGGAUCAGGCUAAUCAAUAUCUCAAGGAGGUACUCCUUUCACUCUCAGAAGUACAAGGGAAAAACUUCCAACAAAAUUUUCGGGGUUCCUAUCGAGGACGUUUGCGAGCGUGAAUGCAGCAUCAUCCCUAACAUAGUGGUGAAACUUCUAGAAGAGAUUGAGUUACGCGGCUUGGACGAAAUGGGGCUAUACCGUGUUCCUGGAUCUGUUGGAAGCAUCAAUGCUUUGAAAAAUGCUUUUGAUGAGGAAGGAGCGGUCAGUAACUCUUUUACAUUAGAAGAUGACAGAUGGUUCGAAAUCAACACCAUAGCUGGUUGUUUUAAGCUAUACUUGAGGGAAUUACCUGACUCACUUUUCACUAAGGAAAAGCUUCCAUUAUUUGUUUCUUUGGCACUGAGUUACAAGUCGAAUGAAAUUGACUACGAGCAAUUCCAAGCUGGGAUGAAAGAUGCUCUUAAGAGCUUGCCACUUUACAAUUUCCAUAUGAUGAAAAGGACUUUCGAGCAUUUACAUCGCGUAGAUGAACACGUCGAAAACAAUCGUAUGGAUGCCACGAACUUGGCUAUCGUGUUUUCAAUGAGUUUUAUUGAUCAGGAUGACCUUGCAUCUAGCAUGGGUCCAACUCUGGGUGCCCUACAAACAAUUUUGCAGUCUUUCAUACGCAACCCAGCUGACUUUUUCUAA